AUGGCGCGGUUCGUGGAUCCGCUGGUGGUGGGGCGGGUGAUCGGCGAGGUGGUGGACCUGUUCGUGCCCUCCAUCUUCAUGACCGUCGCCUACGGCCCCAAGGACAUCAGCAACGGCUGCCUCCUCAAGCCGUCCGCCACCGCCGCGCCGCCGCUCGUCCGCAUCUCCGGCCGCCGCAACGACCUCUACACGCUGAUCAUGACGGACCCUGAUGCGCCUAGCCCCAGCGACCCGACCAUGAGGGAGUACCUCCACUGGAUAGUGACUAACAUACCAGGAGGAACGGAUGCAAGCAAAGGUGAGGAGGUGGUGGAGUACAUGGGCCCGCGGCCGCCGGUGGGCAUCCACCGCUACGUGCUGGUGCUGUUCGAGCAGAAGACGCGCGUGCACGCGGAGGGCCCCGGCGAGCGCGCCAACUUCAACACGCGCGCGUUCGCGGCGGCGCACGAGCUCGGCCUUCCCACCGCCGUCGUCUACUUCAACGCGCAGAAGGAGCCCGCCAACCGCCGCCGCUAG